AUGGGAUUGAAUGGAUUCAUCAGCAGCCUUGCACCCGGAAACCUCACAGAAGCUCCCAUCUUCCUGCUACUAGGAUUGACAGAUGACCCGGAUCUGCAGCCCGUCCUCUUCUGGCUCUUCCUGACCAUGUACAUUGUCACCAUCCUGGGCAAUCUGCUCAUUGUCCUGGCCGUGGUCUCAGACCCCCACCUGCACACCCCCAUGUACUUCUUUCUCUCCCACCUCUCCAUCACUGACAUCUGCAUCAGCUCCUGCACCAUCCCCAAGAUGCUGGUGAAUAUCCAAACACAGACACAGAGCAUCACCUACGCGUGCUGCCUGGCCCAGACCUUCUUUGUCAUAGUUUUUACGAGUUUAGAAAACUGUCUCCUGGGCGUCAUGGCUUAUGACCGCUACGUGGCCAUCUGCCACCCGCUGAGGUACACGGUCAUCAUGAAUCAGUCUCUCUGCAUGCUGCUCAUUGCCCUCUCACUCUUGGGAAGUGUUGCAGUCUCCCUAAUUCACACGCUGAUGGUGCUGCGACUCUCCUACCCUUCUAAAGUGCUCAUCUCCCACUUUUUCUGCGAACUCGCCCAGCUGCUCAAACUCACGUGCUCUGACACUUUCAUCAAUACCCUGAUGAUCUACCUGGUGGCUGCCACUUUUGCUGGGAUUCCAUUCUCGGGCAUCAUUUUCUCCUACACUCAGAUCUUCUCCUCGGUUCUGAGAAUGCCCUCAGCCCAGGGGAAGCAGAAAGCUUUUUCCACCUGUGGUUCUCACUUGUCUGUGGUUCUCUUGUUCUAUGGGACAACGUUGGGGAUUUACAUUAAUUCUACAGUCGUGGAAACUUCCAGAAUAUCUUCCAUCCCCUCGGUGAUGUACCUUGUGGUGCCGCAGCUGAUGAACCCCUUUAUCUACAGCCUGAGGAACAAGGACAUGAAAGGGGCCGUGAGGGGGCACAUUGGUAGAAUCAGUAAAUUAGUCAUGUACAUUGCCUUUUCAAUAAAACAGUUUUCAGAAUAA